GGCCGGAGGAACGAGCGGCAUUCUUCAGCUGCUGGCAGGAGGAGGAAGAGGUGGGAGGGGAAGUUACGACGUAGUACACAGACCCACAGUCAGUCAGUCAGUCAGUGAACCAAGUUUCCAGCGACUCAGCCUUCACGGGCUCAAACUUUUUUUUUUACAAAAUGAGCUCACUCAGCGGCUGUGGCGGGGAUUUGAGCGGUGGUAGGAGUCCGUGAUAGUGGGUCUUUCCAGGUGCGGAGGGCGGGCUCGGUCCGGCCCGGUGCAGCUCAGGAGAAGCAGAAUAUGGGUCAGACUGCCGUGUCUACCGUGUCUCAGGCUGCGAGCGUCGAUGGGUUGGAGAAAGCAUCCCUUUCCAGCUGUGAAGUCGCUGUGGAAAGUGCCUCCAACGCCCCAAAUGCCCCUGCGUCACGGCAGCAGCGAGGCAAGUUGUCGUCACUAGGAAAAUUGUUUAAACCCUGGAAGUGGAGGAAGAAGAAGACAAGCGACAAGUUCCAGGAUCUGUCCAAAGUUCUAGAGAGGAAAAUCUCCACCAGACAGACGAGGGAGGAGCUGAUCAAGAAAGGAGUUCUUAUCCCUGACCAAGAGGAAACGGUCGGCAGUGAAAAUCUGAAUGGCCAUGCCACAGCAACGGAAACAGCAGAGGAGGUCAAAGUCGACAUUGAGUCUCCAGAAAAAGUGCGAGAGGAACAGGGCACUGAGGACAAAACAGAGAGGCGUGAUACUAAACCCCUCCCCCGGGUGAACCAAGCACGACUUCGAGACAGUGCUCAAGCUAAAAAACAGCAAAGCGCCGCUCUGCCUGCCUCUUCCAAACCUGCGGGUGGCACCGCAGCCACAACCAGGCACAGAGAAGGCGCUUCAGGAACUAAAAAGACAACUAAAACCGCAGGCAAGGCAGGCUCAUCCACUCAGUCUAAAGCUAACCCACGGAGCACUAACACUGCAGGUCGAGGGACUGUCAAAUCCUCCCAUCCAAAGAAGACAGGAACAACAACAAAAACUACCCCUAGCUCCACCACAACUUCCACCUCCACCCUGCGUUCUCGUGCAUCUAAGGACAGUGCAGCACAGAACGGCAGGCCAGAUGGAAAGACCAACCGGAAAUCAGACACUCCCACCUCUUCCUCAGUACCUCAAAAGGCCUCUGCAGACACUUCUAGCCAGCCUGGGGAGUUGAAAUCCUCCCCUCUUUCCUCAGACACCAAGACAGCUGCCUCAUCUAAAGCCCCAGGCGGUGAGACUCAGGCAGCUUCUCAGCCUGAUCCUGAGUCUAAAUCUGCUUCUAAUGGGUCUGCUACAGUUGAGGGGACUGCUAAGGAUAAGGCUACUGAAGCCACAGAGCAGACUCCCUAUGUCAACUCUGCAACAGAGGACACCUCCUUCACAGAGGGAGAGACAGGGAGCAAGGGGGAGAAAGAGGAGAGAACAGGAGGGGAGGGAGUAGAGGAGGAAAAGAAGAAACAGGAAGGAGAAGAAGAGUCUGCUGUGGAGAACGGCCCAAGGUCGUAUGAGCCCCGAGCUGAAAAGCCAGCAGGCCUCACUGUGAAGACAGAGCAUGCCGAGGUGACCGUGAUCCCUGAUAGGCCGAGAGACAGCACGACUAGUGACUCUGACUCUGAUGGCCCAAUCCUGUACCGCGAUGAGGAGGACGAUGAGGAGGACGACGAGUACACAAACAGCGCCCUAGCCAUAAAGAUCCGCCGACGAGACACCCUGAACAUCAAACUGGGGAACAGACCCAGCAAGAGGGAGCUGGAGGAGAAAAACAUUCUGCCCCGAAGCUCUGAGACGGAGAGACACGAGCUCCGCCAGCAGAUAGGCUCUAAACUAGUCAGGCGCCUGAGCCAAAGACCGACCACAGAAGAGCUGGAGCAGAGAAACAUCCUCAGGCACAAGAAUGAAGCAGAGGAGAAAGAAGCCAAGCAAGAGAUUAAAAGGAGGCUCUCCAGAAAGCUGAGUGUGAGGCCAACAGUGGCAGAGCUUGUCGCUCGCAGGAUCCUGCGCUUUAACGAGUAUGUUGAGGUAACGGACGCCAAGGAUUAUGACCGGCGGGCAGACAAACCCUGGACACGGCUUACGCCAGCUGACAAGGCUGCUAUCCGUAAGGAGCUGAAUGAGUUUAAGAGCCGAGAGAUGGAGGUUCAUGAAGACAGUAAACAUCUCACAAGAUUCCAUCGGCCCUAAUCACUCGCUGCCUGCUUGGACGUCGGCAGCAAAAGCUCCCCGGUCCACAGCUCCCAGCAGUCUCCCCGCCCUCCACACCCUCAGUACACAACUCAGUCCUCUCAAACGCCUGAUGAUGAUACGUAUGUCUGUCUGUAGUGAUGGCUACAGGUGUGUCUUAAGGCUUUGGCCAUCUAUGGACACCUGUGAAACAUUUGCACAGAUCUGUCAGAACAAUGGUGUGUAUAGCGCUCUGAUUAUUUAUUAUAGAUGACCAGAACUUUCUGGCGUGUUUUCUUUUUGUUUUUAUUUGUAUGGUUUUUUUGGUUCACUUCAGGCUUUUUAUGAGACGAUCCAGGGAGGAAAUAUGGGCUCCGUCACCCCCAGAAUAGUGAAUGUGGGUUCAUUAUAAGAGUCUGUGCACUUGCCAAGGUAUGCCUUGUGAUAAAAUGCCAAAUGGCCAAAUAUGGGCAUCCUCCUACAGCAGGAAAUGGGAGUGAUUGGAUGGUUUCCUGCUGAUGUCAGUGCCUAUGUCAUAGAUCAGAGGGAAGCAGAGACAGCUUGUUCUGCUCUGAUGUGCCUCUUGGAGUUGAAUCUGAUAUACUGCAGUUCAUGUGUAGAUAUUUAAAGUAUAUCUGCCACUAGGGGGCAUUAUAUCAUAAGAGUUAUAAACUGCACAGAUAGAGAGAUAUAUGUAGAUGAACCAGAACCUGUGAGUGUUAUAUUUAUAUAUGCUGAAGCACAGGGUUCAGAGGACACCUGAGGCUGUCAUAAUGAAGUGCAAUGAAAAUCACUCCAAUAUUAGCCAAUUCGGAUCCCUCAGCACUCCUACCAAUGACUCAUGGUGAUCACAUACCAUCACACAUCCUGUGUUGAGUAAUUAAUUGCAAACCUUUUGAUCACAAAGUGCUGGACUUGCUGUUUGAAGGAUCUCAUUUUCAAGUCUCGACUUCAGGUUUUCAUUUUAGGCUUUUGAGUGGAGUUGUCACUCAGUGACUUGGUGCCAAUCAACAAGCAGGAAUUUGAUUGUUGGUGUUUUUACUUGAAAGUUUACAGGUUUGAUUUUGUUUGAAGCAAUCAGCUGGUCUGGAGAAGUGGAGCAGUACUUAAUUUCAUAUUGUCGUGAUGUUUUUGCAGUUUGAUCUGUCAGAAUGUGAUGGAUACGCUGGGAGAGAUGUGGUGAAAAAUGCCCCUUUGACAUCUUGCCUUAACUUGCACAGUGUAUAAUGAACAGGUGGUGAUGCAAAUUAGAAUCCCGCCAAGAUGAGCAGGUGUCUUGUCAGGUGUCCCUGGCAUUGCUUUGCUAUUGAGAAUUAAACACCCUUUUUAAAGGGGUUCGACCAAUCAGAAUCAAGUAUUAUAACACAGUCAGGUAAUAUCUGGAAUAAUUUACUCAAACAAUUACUCACCUCAGUAGGUUUUCAAGCAACAGUUCUAUAAAUGUACUGCUUUUCAGAGAUGUAGACCAGUUGUUGGAGUCUACAAAUCAAAUAUUAUCUGAAGGGGUGGACUGAAUUAUACUCCUCUAUUUUCUGAUUUUUAAUGAAUAAAAAGACAAGUUAAUAUAUCUGGGAACAAAUCUAAAAAUUCAACAACCUCUGGUUGAAGCACUUUAAUGCACUGAUUCAUUAUCCUGAUGAAAGUUAAAGGAGGAGAUUGAUACCACUCUCAUGUCUGUUUUCCAAAGUUCCUAUAUUUGAGAGCGGUGAAUUUAAUUUUCACUCCUCAGCAUCACAUGAACAUUAAUCUAUGAUUUGUACAUGUUCAUUUAACCAUUAAAGCAGGAGCAGUAGUAUCCCUCGUUGUACUCUACCACUCAUUUAGAUCAGAUAUCAUUUUUGCACUCUUGAGCAGAUGUUUGGACUUACAUAAUACUGAACUGAUUUGUACAUUUACACAUACUAUUUAGUUGAAACAUGCAGAAAGAUAUUACAUGUAAGUGUAGAUUCAGGGUUUAUAACAACCACGGCCAAUGUCUGAUCAUUUAAAACACAAUUCAUCUUUACUGUGCAUAUAGAUUUUCUGCUUUUAAGUGCUCCAUUGUGGGAAAAAAACUCAAGAGAUGUGUUAAUGUGAGAUGUUAAAGGGGACUGAUGAUUAACACAUUUUUGGGGGAAAGUUCAGCUCUUGGUAAUCGGAACAACAAACAUCAAAAAAGCAAGACCUGAAACAUGUAAGGACAAACAAAUCUGAAUUUCAGGACUUGAGUAGAAAGCUUUGACAGAAAAACAAAACAUGGCCUCUUAUUCACUUUUAUAAAAAGUAGAUGUUGGAAAUGUAACAAAGGUGUUUUCCUCCCAGCUUAUUUGGACUAUAAAGGGGAUGUUGGCUGAAUAGUGAUUGACAGAUUAAGCCUGCUGACGUCCAAAGGCUGCUGCUCUCAUUACAGACCUCCAACCUCCAAAAGACAUCAUCACAAACAAAUCCAAGAAAGGACAGAUUUAUCCUGAGUGUGGAGGUCGUAACAUGAAGUGAUGUACAGUGAAAAACAAACAACAGUAUUCAAUGAUGUCAAUGUGUAUGUUGUUAUAUAUUGAUUAUUUUGUACAGAAUGUAUAUCGAGCAUGUGCAUACAUUGAAAUCAAUUUUACUACCGAUAUGAUACAAUAGAACUGUGAUGUGAAGGUUUUAAGCUCUGAUUUUAGUCGUGUUUUUUUUCAUCAUCCACAGACAGUGAAGUAAGCAGCACUGACAUAUGUGCCAGAAGUACCUGUUUCCUAAGCAGACCAUGUACAAGAAAUUACAUAGGGGGUUAUAAAUCAGCUGGUUAUUUCAUAUUCUCUUCCACCUCUACUUGAACUGGAGUCAGCAGAUGCAGUGCAGCAGGUAUUUCAUGGAUGGGCAGUUAAAAGUAAUUUAAAAUCCUUCCUGGACCUCACAUUUGAUUUAUUCCCUCAGAUUACCAGAGUUCACCUUGCACCAACUUGAAAAGAACGGCCAGGUUGUGCCUUGAAAAUUUGAGUAAAGCAAAGUUAGUGAGAAAACACUCCAAAUUAAACUCUAUUGAAGAUGCAUUAUAUAAUACAGAUGCAUUUUAUAAAUAAGAAAACUGACCAUUGGGAAUACAGUGGACAAUAACGUCAAAGUCUGUCAGAUUCCAUAACUCCUAAGAUUUAAUGAAAUGACUGGAGAUGGUGUCUAGAUGAGGCAGCUGAGAGUUGUGACAGCUGGUAUGUGCUCAUAAACACUUGGUAUUAAUCACAGGGAGCCAGCUCUGUAACAUAUUUUAUGGCUGCGCUCUGUUUCAUCUCAUCUUGUACCCCACUGAUCAGUGAGACAAACACAAUAAAACUUCUGAAUAAAACCCAGGAGGCAUUGGAAGUUUGAACACACUCACAUGUCUUUGUAUUAUUCACAAGACUGAAUAUUUUGAAUUUAAAUUAUGAAUAUACAUUUCAAAAUUUGUACCUCUUGAAUAGCCAAUGAGUGGGCUUAAAACUUUGAGAAAGACACUUAUAGUCUCGCUGUCCCAGCUGAGUUCCACCAGUUGCUGACAUUGUUUACACCAGAGGAAGUCUGCUUUCAUGGUGGUGCUUGUUGAAGCUUCCUUCCUCAUUCCUCCAAAUCACCCCAGUUUGUGACGAGCCAUCUGCUGUUAUUGAUCGGAGGCCUUUCAUUUUCAACAUGACAUGUUUUCUUGAUCAAUCAAAUUCACAGUAAGGUUUGAGGAUUUACAGGAGAGUCCCAAGUGUCAUUCAGUCGCACCUUGUGAAUCUGAAACCAGUGAUGGGUUCAAACAAGCAUUGUUUUUUUUAAAGUCUUAGAAUAAUGUCAUAUAUUCCCAAAACAAAUACUGUUACGUCCAAACUGUGUAUAUUGUUUUGUAUAUAAAGAAUCAUGAAAAAAAACAUU